UAGCAGCAUGAGUCGAUUAAUGUCUAGUAGACAGUCUAGCAGACGUGGCUGGAUGGCUCAAUGACACGGCAAUGUCGUCAAAUGUCUUCCAUAAUAGAUUUUGUAAACUGGAACAAACCCAAAAAAACCGAUCGAAACGUCAUCUAACUAAAUCGAAAGCACUGUCAAGUCAAUAAGAAUCCUCAUCAAAUUUUGCCCUUUGUAUAUUCAUAAAUCUGUUUCUCGUGCGGUCGGUAGAUAAGUUGGAGUUAUGGGCGUAACUGUAAUUCAUGAAAGUGUAAUGUACAAUAAAAAUUAUUGUCUCGAAAUAUAUUAUCCUCCCCUAAACCGUAAAAAAAACUCGACUUGAUGUAUCGGUAACAUUUAUUUUACUGGAUUAGGGGAUGAUGGAUGAGCUUAUUCUUAAAUUCUGAUGCAUUUAUUUGAGAUGUCCUUUGUCAUCGAGAUGCCUCGACCCUAUGUAAACACAAAGAAUUUGAUUCUGAAGUCUUCGUGAUUUUAAGAAAGAUUGUUCAGUGUGGCUGUAAAUUUAACUGUUAAAUGUUAGCUCUGGACUUAAACAUCAUGUUAUAACGGGAUCUUCCCUCCACCAAAUAUUGUAACUUUGUGAAAAUGUGAGGCUCUAAGCUAUUGAUUCGUAACACUAGAUCUUCCCCUCUAACAAAUAAUUUAACAGUGUAAAAAUGACGAGUUCGAAUCUACAGACCCUGAUGACCGACGUCACGCUAAGAGCAAUCUAAAAAUGUGUGUAAUAAAACACACGAAAUUUAAAAGUACAACAGGAACGAUGACAAAUGUAUUGUUAAACAUUUACACUAGCCAGAAAGGCGAAUAAUUGUUAUAAACGGUGAGCAGUACCAAACCGUAUGGUAGCUGACUUAUAUCCAUAGCUUCUUUUAGAUGUUCUCGAGCGAGAAUGUUUGUUUCUUUUAAUUGUGUUCUUGCUCUAACUCCUCUUUUGUUGAUUUUAUUCUUCGAUCUCUUUGUAGCGUCAGCAAUAUCUUAAAUAAUUUCUUUUUUACUAGCUCUGAUGUAUGCCAGUAUCUUUGGUAACGUUUCCGCAAUCAUUCAAAGGUUGUACUCAGGAACAGCACGGUACCACACUCAGUUGUUGAGGGUAAAAGAGUUCAUCAGAUUUCAUCAAAUUCCUAAUCCUCUUCGUCAGAGAUUGGAAGAAUAUUUUCAGCAUGCCUGGACAUAUACUAAUGGGAUCGAUAUGAAUAUGGUGCUGAAAGGUUUCCCUGAGUGUCUUCAAGCAGACAUUUGUCUCCAUCUGAAUCGCAAUCUGCUCAAUCAGUAUCCUGCCUUUAAAGGUGCAAGCCCUGGAUGUUUGCGUGCGUUAUCAAUGAAAUUCAAAACAACUCACGCGCCUCCUGGUGACACAUUGGUGCAUCGUGGGGAUGUCCUGACAGCUCUUUACUUCAUUUCUCGAGGAACGAUCGAAAUUUUGAAGGAAGACAUUGUUAUGGCUAUUUUAGGUAAAGACGAUAUAUUUGGAGAAAAUCCCUGUAUGUUUCCUACAGUGGGCAAGUCCAGCUGUAACGUACGUGCCUUGACAUACUGUGACCUACAUAAAAUAUUGCGAGAAGAUUUACUAGACGUGUUGGACAUGUACCCAGAAUUUUAUGAUUCAUUUUCGCACAAUUUAGAAAUUACAUUCAAUUUAAGAGAUGAGGAACAAGCGGGAGUUGAUCCAGAAUUAUUUCGUAGUAAAACGAUAUAUAGGCAACCAAUUAGUUCUCCAGAAGAUGAAGAUCCUAGAAUACACGCUUAUCAAUAUCCACGUCCAAGAAGGAAAAGAAGAAGAAUAAAAGUACCUUCUACAGAUGUUAGUCCUGGUUUCAGUGAAGACGAAGAUGACGAAAGGAGGUGUAGUGGUACAGGUAUAUUAGAAUUUUCGCCAGAUAAAGCUGGCAGAGACGUCACACCAGCCAAUUUAGAAUUUGGAAGCCGCGUAGAAGAUAAAUUACAAACAACAGGUCCUCUACAAUCACUCACAGGAUUUUUCAACAGUUUAAAACGAAGUUUAUCAGAUCUGAAAAUGUCCAAAACUGAAGUGAGAACUGGUGCUUUAACUACAAUAACUAAUGUGACGACGGCCAUCGCUGGUCCUUUAAUAGAAAAGGAAGAAAAGGAAGAGACUCAUUCACCGUCCUGCGAACUUAAGGAACGUACACCGUUGUUAGAUUCGGUGGAACCAAUAUCGGGUGCCGGUUCGCCAGUAUCUGUCAAAGAGAGUGCGAGUCCUAAAAAGAGCGAACAGGUAUCGAGUUCUGUGUCACAUCCAGUGACUGAAGGUCAAAGGUCUAGGUCAGGUCCAAGUCGUUUUACCUCCACCACUAGCAGUUCUGCGGUCAGGACAUCCAGCAGUGGAGGUCCAAAGUCCAGUUCCAGUAUGACCAUCCCUUUGUCAGUUAGUUCUAGUAAUGUGGCCAGUCCAGGUGAAGACGCUUCUUUCCACCCGCCUUAUUCUGAAAGACAAGAUCCUUACUCGGUCGAAGCUAGGAUAGAUAGUCUCAGCAGGCAGAUAGAAAACAUAGAAAAUCGACUGACGGCGGAUCUUCACGCCAUCAUGCAAGUGUUGAGUCAACUGUUCGAAAGCAACCAACCUCUCCCCUUAUGCUCUCAUUUGCCAAUGGACUCGACGUCGUCGUCCUCGACGGAUCUGCCUUUCGACGGGCCCGCCAGGCCGGUAUCGGUACAACCGUCCGCGGCAGACGGUGUCAGAACGCGCCUGUACCGCCGGGCCAUCAGUCUGCAAGGUGCACCCCUAAGUUCCGAAGGAAGUACUUUCAGAUCCGCUUCAAGGAGUUUGGAUAUAAACGGUAGGACGGGUACGCAGGAGGAGUACAGUAUUUCCUUACGAGAAACUAACAGACCUGAAAUUAUCCUUCCUCACUCGACUACAGUCCCUCCAACGCCCCUUGCCGAACAUCCCCAUGAUCCUAUACGCAGCAUGUCCCAACCCGCAGAUCUUUCACAGUACCAGCCGAGAUACAGGAAUAGCAGGUAUGGAAAGUACUCAUCGGAUGUAACCGAAACUCGCUUCACCAAACGGGAAGAUUCGAGAGAGAAGAAGAGUGACUCUCUGUCGCCAUUGGGUGGCACGAGAACGUCGUCGACCAAGGAGACGGACAUCAGUGCCUCUACGGAUGGCGGAAAGAGCUGCAAAGAGGAAACAAGCAAACGCUCGCAGGGAAGAGAUUCCAAGACGUCUGAUGUUUAAAAAAAUACACAUGUACAGUUGGUGCCUGCAUUUUAUUUUUAUAUACAAUACCGAUGGAAGAAUACAAUGACCGACAUCCGGACAUUCUCGAUUAAAAUAAGCAACGUGUGUUUGUGUGUUUGUUUGUUUGCGUGGAGUCAAAUGUUCGGGAGUACGGAAGAGAGAGAGAGAGAGAGAGAAAGAACGAAAGAGAGAGAGAGAUUGGAUGAAUUUUUACAUUCCUAAAACAAUUAUUUUUUCCAGUUGGUUUUUAUGCAUGUGUUUAAAUCCAUUCCUUACGCUUAACUGUGACGUAAAAAAAUAAUGCAUCAGAGAUUUUUUUUAAAUAUUGGAAUGGCUAAAGGAACAUUGCAGCUAAGAUUGUUUUAUGCAAAUGUUAUGUAUGUGUCAAAUUUUACUUUUUUAACAUGUACAUAAUUUUUCUUGUGAUAGAUCCACACAGUCUGAACAUAUAUCUGUAUUUAUACAGUAUAUAUAUAUAUAUAUAUACUUACAUAUAUACAGAGUUUGUACAGUUUUAAUGUCUUGGAAAUCGUUCUAAUCUUUAAGGAAAACAAAAACCGUCGAGAAAAAUAUUAAAAAAUAUAUUGUGAAUGCUUAAAAAAACACACAAAAAAGAAAGUUUUGUUUGCUCUUGUCAGAAUUCUGCUCUUAUUGUUACAAUGGUAAAUUGCAAGUUUUAAUAUUGUUUCUUGUUUUAUGUUUAUCAAGUGCCUAUCAGUCGAACCAGAUGUCAAAAUAUAAUAUAAGAUAUAUAUAACAUAUAUAUAUUGUGUGUAAGAGGCGCUGAACACGUGGAGUGGCUUUGUGCCAUACUUGUUACGGUCAUUGAGUACUCAGGGAGAUUGAACAAAAACCAAAAUAUGACACCAAAAAAUUAAAAAAAUAUAUAUAUAGAAGAAAAUUAUUUAAAAAAAAAGCUAUAUAAAUGAAUUAGGUAUCAAUAUGUAUAUAUUGUAUGUGUACAUGUACGGAUAGGUACAUCUGUGUAUGCUAUUCACAUCUGCACAAAAAAACAAAAAUGUUAUAGAGUUAGAGCUUCUGGAAUUUUCAAAAAAAGAAAAAGAAAAAAUUGAAGCUGAAAAUUUCCUUUCUGGCCAAUCAAAGAAACUGAUUUUUUAAAAGAGAGCAAAUUCACAAAAUAGGAAAACAAGAAAAUAAUAAUAAUAAUAAUAUAAAGCAAAACAGAAAUUUCUAGCCAUAGAAUAGAGGAAAACAAAACAAUAAGUAGAACCUUGUUUCUGAAAUUACUAAAUGUUGCAUACAUAAUUUUUGUACUAAAACCCCAACAAACAGCAUAAUAAUAAUACUAAAUAAUAAUAAUAAUUCCUGCAAAUUUAUAUUUAUUAUUUAUUCGAAACUAUCCAUUUAUUAAGUGUAUAUAAUGUAUAUAAAUCUUUUUAAUAUUUUCAGAUUAUUUAUUAAAUCCUAAAGAGAAAUAAUGUAAAGUAUUUAUUAAUCCUUUUAUUAAGUUAUCCCGUAAUUUUCGAGGGAGGAUUUGGGCCCUCGGAUCUAGGAUCUUCGAUCUAGACAUAAACACGUGCACGUUAAAGGGGCUGUCGUUUCGAAUUGUUCCAAAGAUUUUUUUGUGGAUAGAACUUUAUAAAAAAGAAGACAAAUUAAUAUUAUUAUUAAUAAUAUAUAUUGAUAAGCUGCCUUGAAUUAAUUGAAUUACGUUUAGUACAAAUGCGAAAGGGCGUAAGACGUUUCUGUUGAUCCUUGCACUGAUACGCUUUUUAUAGUCGAAUUUGGGGGACGGGUGCCCGUGUGUAUAUAUAAACAGAGGAGGAUUUUAAGCACGUGAUAAAAAAAGACCCCCCCAAAAAUAAAGAGAGCGUUUCUCGAGGCCUGCAUAUAUACAUAUAUAAAUAAAUAUAAAAAUGUUAUUAUCCAAAUUCCAUCCGUUAAUGGUGUAGUAAAACAAAACAAGAAGGUAAAUCUACCUGUAUCUUACCUGUUUCUGCCUUUUUUUCUGUUUAGCUUUUGGCACUUAAGAAAUUAAAAAAAAAUAAUAAAAAUAAAAAAAAUAUCUUGAAAUUUUUCUUGCAAAAUGUAGUUAACAAAACAGCACUUUAUUCUAUAAUGAAUGUACAUAGAUUCUUUCGGAAAACGUUUUUAUACAACUUGUUAUAUAUUCUAUUUUACACAUUUUUUGUACAGAUAGUACUUGAUUUUAGAGCUAAGAGCAUUAAAUGAAAAAAAUAAAUAAAUAAAAUAAAAAACCAUUGUCAAUAUUUGCAAUUUAUCGGGAUCUCGAUAUUUUAAAUUUGGUUUAUCGAAUACGAUUUAGCUAUGUUUAAGUUGGAUAAUAUAAUUUAUUAUUUCAAUAUGUGACACGGUUAUGUAAAAUAAAUAAAAGUUACCUAUGCAA